CAGUAAAAAAAAACAAAAUGAAAGAUAAAAAAUAACGGAACUUUGCGCAGAUAAAUAAAUUUUUUUAAACAUUUUAAAAUAGUGCGAAUAAAUUUUAUUUUAAAAUAUAAACUAAUCACUCUUUUCUGCUUUUAAGAAAUCAACUUAAAGCAAGGUAUAACAACGUGAUUUAGUUAAAAUAUUCGACAAAAAUUAUAUUGAACUAAAUGGAAUCCAAUAAAGAACAAAUGUUUAUGAUGCACACCAUGUGUCGAAAUGAAUUAAGUUUGUUAAAAAUAAAUCUGGAAAAAUUCAUAGAGGAAAGCGAGCGCUGUCAAAAACUACUAAAUGAUUUGAAUGCCAUAGGUGGAGGAGGAGGAUUCACUAACAUUUUUGGCCUGAUUGUUUUUGAUCGCUACAUGACACAGGUGGUUACUGUCUUAAAUAUGGCUCGCAAAUUUAACAUACAACUGGAAAUUAAUAAUUUAGAUCAGACCGUGAUUAAUGCUUCGUCCAAUGGUUGUUUGGAUGAUGCAAAUUUUACCCAAACACGUUUACUGAAAGAUUUUAUCGAAUGGAGAAAUUCUAUUGUGCAAGAUGGCGCGAUACACGAUGGAGAAGUUAUAAGCCCCAAAGCUGGUAGAAUAAAAAUGUCUCAACAUUUGUCCGAAAUAAAUGAAGACACCUUACCUAGUAAUGAUAAAGCCCGAAUGGUAGAAUCUUUACAGAAGCACGAGAAUAACAGUUUGUUAAAUCAUCAAAAGGAGCCACAGAGCGAAUGCAUUACUAACAAUUCCAAAAAUAAAACAAUUAAUGAUUUGUUAGAUGUUAUAUUGCCCACAAGAAGUCUUGAUCUCUUCCAAAAAGGUUAUAAUUUUCAUGCCUAUAUAGUUUAUGUGGGAGACUAUAAAAAACGUGAAUUUUUCAUUUGCCAAAUGGAUGACUACAAGACACUAUAUGAUUUAAGCAGCAAUAUAAAUUUCAAACCUAUUCCAAGGGAGUCUUUACCAACUGACGAAGUGUUUUGUGUAUUAGAGAUAAAAGAUACCACACUGAGAGAAUGUGUCUGGAGAGCAGUAAUUGUACCAAGCGAAAGUACAACCUCCAAAUCUCAAAAGUUUGCUUAUUUGAUAGAUUUUGGUGAAGUUAUACCAUUAACAGAUCAAUGUACAACAUUUGAAGCACCUUUACUCUACAGAGAAAUACCUCCGCUGGCCAUUAAAUGUAUAUUGGAAGGCGUUGAGGAUACCCAUUUGAAUUGUGUAAUUAAAGAUCAAGAAAAAUGUGAGCAGGCCUUGCAUAAAAAUGAAUUUGAAAAAGUAUCAUUCCGCGUAUUGCAUAAAGACGAUCGAGUGCUACAUGUAGUCAUGUUGGAAACACCCACGAAAAACAAUAAUACUUUAACCAUGACAAGAAAUAAACAAUCAAAUCCAUUUUUAGAUUUUGAGGAUUUGGAAAAUGAUGAUGAAAAUUCAAGUAAAAACACAGCUGCAUUACAAUUACCCAGAUCAUUGUUAAAACAAGCUUCACCAACAAAACAGCCGAGUUUAAAUAUUCUCAAUGAAGUUGGUGAUAAAGUACAAGUAGUUGUAACACACAUUGUCAAUCCCAUAUCUUUUUAUGGAAUCAUACAGAAUGAUUAUUGCAGUGACUAUAAAACAUUCUCUUGGCAUGAUCAACAAAUAUCUCCGUUACAGAAACAAUUGUAUCCUCCGCCACAACUAAAUGAAAUUGUCUUAUCGCAAUAUGUUAAAGAUGAUUAUUGGUAUCGUGCUAGAGUUAUUAAUAUUGAUUCGCAAAAGCAUCUUUAUGAGGUUUUUUAUGUUGAUUUUGGAAAUACUGAAGUGGUAACUUUAAGUAAAUUAGCUAAAUGUUCUAAAGAACAACUUAAAGAUCCUUUGCGUGCGGUUCUCUUUCGUUUGUCUAAUCUUUCUAUUGUAAUGAUGGCAGACGAACAUGAUGCAUCAAAUUCGUAUAGUAUAAAAACUCGUCUAAAAAGUGCAAUUGCAAAUAUGGUCGUUAUGAUUCUUGAUCAAAUUCUAAAUGUUGAAAUUGUUCAGCGCAUUAACAAUGACUUAGUUGUGCGUUUAAUUGAUACCCAAUAUGCCGAUAUACCCAAAAUACUCGUUGAUAUGGGCAUUGUUGAAGAAAUAUAAAAUGUUAUUUUAAUUAACUCUUGUUAUAUAAUACUUUAAAUGUUAAAGUAUUUUACUUUUUUUAUACUAGUUUUAAUAUUAAUUUAAUAUUAAUUAAUCGUUGACAUAUAGACAAACAACUAUAUGAAAAAGAUCGAAAGUAUUAAAGGGGAAUAUUUGGAUUAAACAGAUUUUUAUAAAAGUAUUCAUAGAGAUUGGGGUUUUCGAUCUUUUUCACUUUAGUUGUUUGUCUAUAUUAUAAAUUUAGUAAAUUAUGAAUUAUUUUAUAUUUUUUUUCCACUUUCUAGAUUUUAAUACUUUGAUUUUGUUAUUAUUAUUUUUAAUAAAUUGAUUUUAACUUAA